CAGCUUAGUUAUUACCAAUUACAUUUUAGCUUAUUUUCUUCAACUCAUAAAGUUGUAUAUUAGAUAUAAAAUUUAUUGCUGAAUUUGUAAGCGUUGAGAUUUUUUUAUAAAAAGAAGAUCUCAUAAAGUAUACAUGUAUAUUUUUGAUCAGCAAGACAAAGUGAUUCAAUUGGACAAAAAAAAUUUAAAUUUAAAAUUCUACACCCGAAGCAGAUCGAGUUAAGUCAAGACUUUUUCCCCCUAUCGAAAUUCGAGAAAUAACAACUGACACAACACUUAAGGGAUUAAAAUGCGACCGCUAGAUAGCUUGGGUCAGAGAUUCGUCAUUACAUUUGUAAUAUCGAAUUAAAAUUUAUUGAAUAUAAAAUAAAAUAAAAUUUGUAAGAAAAAUAUAUCAAACUCUGCCACUCGCUGUCAGAGUACAAAAUCAUCUGGCUUCAGAUACAUAUGUCGUACAAACACAGCUUUAAGAAAUGGCAAGUUUGUGUGUUUGAUUAUUUUUGUCUACAGGCGCAGUGAAUAAUAAUUUUAAUUUUAUGACAGGUACUUUCCGAUAUGCAAAUAAAAUCAAUGAACAAAAAUUGAAUCAGCUGAUGCAGUAUAGGGGUGUUGUUAUAUGCCACUUAAUUGUUAUUUGCGGGCACAAAAUUAGAAUUUUUUGCAAUAAAACUCCAAAAAUUAUAUAAGAACGCAUUAAAAUUGAGCACUGCAAUCUUUUUUAUGCAUUCUUUUAUAUACGAUUUUUUCUGAACAGUAAGAAAACCGAUUAAAGAUAUAUACAUAUGUAUAUAUGAAAGUUAUUCAUUUUAUUCCGCUAGAUAUGACCAAUCGCCCACUGUCCGGGGGUGAAUAUGAGCUACCAUGGUAACUACAAAAUUAAACAAACUGUUAUGUAAUUUAUUGAUAUUUUUUAUAAACAUGGAGGAGCUCAAAAGAUCUGGACUUUACAUAGAUGAAAUAUAUAGGCUGCGGGUACAGGAUCCUACAGUUGUGAAUCAGACUGUUAAACUUCGACAGGAAUGCUUAGAGUAUUCAAGAAACUUACAUGAUUUUAAGAAGCUUGGUGAAGAUUUUUUUAAGCUAUCGUCAAGUUAUGCUAAAGAGGUGGAAAAGGAUAAGCUGCGAUCAAUUAGCACGCAAAAUCAAUUGAAGACGAUGGCUAAGCAACGCCAAGCUGAGCAUCAAGUCUACCCUAGUCAAGUUUUUGAGCAGACUGUAAAUCUAGAGCGUCUGAAGAGCCAGUAUCAGUAUCUGCAACGUAUUGAGUCAGAGCAACAAGAGACUAUGAGUAAUUUUCUUAUGAAUCAAUAAAGUAUAAAAAU